AUGAAUACACCGUUCAAACCGCAAAAUACAAAGCUUGCUGCAACGAAACGUAUUAUGAGAGAUUUAAGAGAUCAUGAAAAGGUUCCUGUACCUGGGCUUGGUGUUACGUGUCCAGAUGAAUCGAAUCCAUUUCUUUUACAUUGUAAUGUAUUGAUUAACGAUGGUCCUUAUCGUGGCGUUAUAAUUCAUUUAAUUCUUCAUAUUCCCGAAGAUUAUCCAUUAACAGGUCCUGCUGGAAAUAUAGCGCCAGGUUUAGACUUUAAUUCAACUUAUCAUGGUCAUAUUCAUGAUGAUCGAACACAUGGACAUGCUUUGUGCAAUGAUUUAUUAACAAACUAUGCUUCAUAUUUUCGACACAUCGAUUCAGGCACAGCACAACAAGCUAGUGGAUGGAGCCCAGGUUAUACACUAUCUACGGCUCUUCUUCAAAUUGUUACGUUUUUUGCUGAGCCUGAUUUAAGAAAUACGCCAUCUUUAGAGAAUAUUGACCGUUUACAUACUAUGGUAAAACAAUUUAAAUGCUCAAUCUGUGGUCAUACAUACGAACAACCAAAUCCACGAAUUGUUGAUUAUACUGUAAACAAUGCUUCAGAAAUCGAUAAAUCUGAAACAGAAGACUUAAUAUUGAAACGUCAAUUAAAAGAAAAAUUGACUUGUGGUGUAACGAAACAAAAUGUUCUAGAGGAUAAAAUUUGUUUGGGUUAUCCAUUAUUAAUAAAACGUGAUAGAUAUGGUCGAUUAUGGUCAGAUAUUAUUUUAGAACUUAUUUCAUAUGAUGCAUAUGUUGCUCAAAUACAAAAAUCCGGUGGAAAUAAAUUAGAUUAUUAUGAAAAUUUGAGAUUUCGCUCAGUGACUGGAAAAGACUAUAACCAUUGGUUACCAAUAUAUAUCAAUAAAGAACAUUUUGAACAAUGCCAAAUAUUUAUUCAAAAUAGUAUUAGUAUCAUUCAUACUGGCACUGCUUUAGGUAGCGCUCAAUAUGAUUUUCGACCGACGAUGGCUUUAAGUGUUUUAACAACAUUAAUGAACAAAUCAAGUGUGCAGUUAUUCAAUGGACAAAUGUACGAAUCCAAACAUGCUAUUGAAGCAUUUUGCCAUUUUUUACGUUUAUUGAUGCAUUUUAUUGAUAUAUAUCCUGAAUUAGAUCAAGAAAUUAAUAAUACUAUUGAAAAAUUUAUAGAAGAUUUGGAGAAUCGUAAUAAAAAAUAUAUACCUGAUAUUGGUGAAUUUUUAAUUAAAAUUGCAUUAUCAAAAAACUACCGGUUUGACACUAUAAAAGAAUAUAUUUACGAAGAAUAUUUUGCUCGACAAAUCUAUUGGAUUCAACGAAAUAAUGCAAUUCCAAAUUUACUUAAUAUGCAAAUUCAACAUUUGCCUCUUAUAUUUCAAUCUGUUAAAGUGUCAAAUCAUUUAUUAGUAUUUAAUUUAGAGAUGGCUGCAACAUUUAUACAUUCGGACGUAAAACAACAUUUAGAUCGAUCAUAUGGAUAUCCACCUGAUACUAUUGUCGAAAAUUUUCAAGAACGAUUAAAAGCUAUUAAAGCCAUGAAUGUAUACAGUGACUUUGUUAAAGCUAUCAAAAUGGACACAGUAAUUAAAUCGCCGAAUGAUAUGAUUGACUUGCUCAUACGCUCAAUUAGAGUAUCAAAUCAGCAAGGUUAUACAAAUAUAUUUUCCGAUCAAGAACAGCAAGAUCAAAAAUUUGAUGCACGAACGCGUGGUAUUAAACAACAACAACAACCAUAUAAUAAUGGAAAAAGAUAA